AUGGAGCCCCAGGAGAGCAUUUACCACUGGCUGCCUGCCGGGGAGGAGGAGCCCGCCAAGCCCCCGCUCAGGUACGUCUCCUCCUUCCGACCGUCUCUCCAACGGGAAAUGGAGGAGACGAGGAGGGCGCCAUGCCAGACCAUGGGCAUCCCGAAGCUCCAGGUGCCCACGCCGAAGGAGUACCUGCGGAAACACGCCAAGGAGCGGAAGCUCCCCAAAUGCACGCACGAGCACGUCAAGCGCCAGCCCAUCAAAGCCCAACUGCCCCUGCAGUCUGACCGGCCCCUGAUGGGCAUCCAGAGCGAGAAGAACUUCGUGACGGCCAACGUGGCCGAAGCCAUCAUGGCCGUGGCCAAGAAGCCCCUGCACGCCUGCGUGGACCAGCGGAGAGGGGAGAAGUUCCUGCUGGAUGACUCCGGGCUGGUCCAAAGGUUCCUCAAGAAGAAGGACUUCGGGGUGACCCCCAAAUACAUCCAUCGGCGUAAGAAAGAAGCCGUGGACGUGCGCAAAGAGCGAGCAGCCGCUCGGCGGGAGUGCCUGCAGAAGAAGCGGCUCACCCGCCUCUCCUCCCGCGAACGGGAGGGCAUCCUGGAAGGUCUCAAGAACAACUGGGAGGAGAUCAACAAGGACUUCCAGAGCCUGUCGGUGGAGAUCACCACCAUCCCGCAGCGGCUGCGCAAAGAGAAGCUGGAGACGGAGAUGAAACAGCUGGAACACGACAUUGCGGCUCUGGAGAAGCACAAGUUUAUCUACAUUGCGGGGGAAUAG